UCCUCCUUUCAGUUCCAGUGAAUUCUUCCCCUCAAAAAAAAAAAAAAAAGUUCCAGUGAAUUCACUCGCACAACCCUGAAAUCGAAACUGAAACCAAACCAAGAUCGAGCGGAAGCACGGCACCAAGCAAUGGAGGCGCUGCUGGAGCUAGAGAAGGUGCAGAGAGUGCUCUCCCUCAUGGGCUCCCGCGGCCUCUCCGACUCCGACGGCAGCGGCGGCGGGGACCGCUUCCUCGCCCACUUCCUCCUCUUCCUGGCGCAGCCGUUUGAUUCACUUGCCAUUGAGAAGAAGGUCGUAUUAAUCUCUGAGCUUUUGAGAGAGGUUAAUUCUGAUACUCUCAAAGAAGUGCAACGUCUAGCCAGUCUGGAAGGUACUAAUAAUAGGGAAGAUGAACCAACUAAGAAGUUCAAGACGGAUGGCGAGAAAUUAACCAUUCAGGAUGCGCCUAUGAUUGGAUUCGAUGCAAUGAUGAGAGCCAAUUCCACGCUUGAAGAUUUUUGCAGGUCAUACUUCAUAUUUCAUGGUUUGGAUGUUAACAGACCACACUCUGUUUUCAAGUUUCUUCCUUUCCUUUCUUUUACAGAGAGCUACAUAUACCAGUUAGAUGCUUCAAAUGAAGACAGUUUGCUAUUAGUUCCAGAGAACAACUCUUCUUCAACAGUAUUGGAAAGGAAAAUACAAGGUUCUAGUCAGAUGUCCUUGUCUGACAUGCUUGACCCCCUUGAUAAUCUUCUUCAAUGCCAGGGGUUAAUGACAGAUCAAUUGCGAAAUGAACUCAAAUCUGGCAUCCAGUAUUGGUCUCUAGAGAGGAAGCUUUGUCAAGCAUUAUCAAGAAAGGAUAAGAUAUCUAUCGAAGAUGUUAUGGAAGCAAUCCAUCUCAAAUCUUUUGACUAUCGAGUUCUUAAUCUGAUGAUGUAUCGGCUUACUGGUCAGCAGGUCAAUGACUUGCACAUGGAGUUCUUGUCUGUCUCAGAAUUUUUAGUUGAGAUAUGUGAUGACCUGUAUGAUUAUGAGGAUGAUGUGGUUAACAAUACUUUUAACAUCCUCCGCAUGUUUGCUGCGAUAUAUGGACCUUUAGAUGCACCAAAGAUGUUGGCCAAGUGCAUCGGUGAAGCUGAGGAAAAAUAUGAGAGCUUCUCAAAGAAAUUGGACCCUAGCAUCUCAAGAAGUUACUGGAGAAGAUGUGAGGAGGCUACAAAGGAAGGUGGAAAAAUAUCAGGCGAUGCGUAUGGCACAUGGAAUAUCCCUCCUUUGAUAGGAGAUGAAGAAUCAUUUCGCCUUGAUAGAUUGAACAGAGGUGAUGCUUCUGCCAUGGCCAUCAGAUGACAGAUACCAUGCUCUGAGCAUCUUCAACAGGAGGCCUAGUUAUCAUUGCUAGUAAAUGCCGUGUGCCUGUGACCCAAAUUCCAUUAACCCACUCUUUUGCUGCAUGUUUGCAAGAGAUAAGGGCUAAAUCCUUUUAUGGCCCUACAAAGUUGAAAAACCAUCCCGUGUGCCUGUGACAUGUGGGUCACUCUAUGUCAAUGACUUGUGGGCCUAGGAGCAUUCAAGGAGUGUUUUGCUUGACCUGUGAUAUUAGAUGAUAGUAUCAUAGUCGUAUUGUUUCUUGAUCUUGCCAAAUA